UUCAUUUAAACACAGGUGUGUGGGACGAGAGUGAGAGUUGUGUCCGGUGAUCUGAGUGUAAGAGUUUUCGUUGCUGUAUCAAGAGUAAGAAUUUGGAUAAGUUUGAACUGCCUGGAGUCUGUAGAUGUUUAAAAAGCCGCCGACAAUGAAACGACGAGACUGAAGAUUACGGCGUUACAGGAGUUUCGCUGGCUGCACAGUGGACGAGUGUCGGAUGUUCACUACAGCACGCGUUAAUCAGCUGUGUUUGUACUACGCGGGAUUGGGACAGUAACUUUGAGUGAGUUUCGUGUUGUCUUGGCCGGACCGCAAAUCCACUGAGUGUGCGUUGGACUCCAGGUGAACAGUUCAUCCAUUUACUUCAACGACGGAACUUAUUCAUCAAUGACUCUCAGAAAAGCUGGGUUUAACGGACAUCUAACCCAGACCACACCACAGCCACAUGGCCACACACACAAACAUCAAUAAUUUUUCUUUUAAACCUUCUGUUUAAGAAAACGCGUGAGAUCCAUUGAUUUACUAUUGAUGACUUAUAGACGUGUGUGUUCUUCUCCCUCUUUUGAAAGACGACUGUGAUGUAUGGAUGCUGACUUACACGGUACUUUAUUUCAGGAGAUGAUUUAUUUUUUGCUGUUUAUUUGUUGUGUACCUUGACAUGCUUUGAAUAAGGGAUAGUGGGAAAAGAAACGGGCCCCACUCUGGGUUAAAUUAAAAAAGAAACACAUCUGUGCAAUUGUAAGAGAGUGGUUACUUUUUUUUUUUUUUUUUUUUUUCCCACUGUUCUGUGAAGUGGUUUAAGGUAACGGGCAUAGCUCGAAUCACUAUGUCACAAUAUAAUCCUUUUACAAAUCGCUUGCCUAAUGUCCCUUCUGAGACCUGAAUGGUUUCUGAUUGUCACUGGAGAGCAAAGCAAACAAACAGCAUUUUAAAACCACUGUGCAAAUAUAAUUAUCAUGAAGAACCCAGUGACUAAUUACAUUCAGUUCAUUUGUGUAUCAUGCAGUGCCCUGCUGUCACAGCCCUCGCAGACAGUUCUCCACCACGCCACCAGAGGGCAUCCUCUUCUGAAUUAUGAACACUUCUUUGGUGGUUAUGCUGGAGAGAACAACAGCGGCAGUAAAGUAAAAUGGCUUGUAAGUUUUCAGAGGAGGAUUUCUCCUGUCCUGUGUGCUGUGAAAUCUUCAAGGAUCCUGUUGUUCUGCACUGCAGUCACAGUGUGUGUAAAGUGUGUUUGCAGCAGUUCUGGGAGACCAAAGGAUCCAGAGAAUGUCCUGUUUGUAGGACAAAGUCAUCUAUGGAAACUCCACCUAUAAGUCUGGCCUUAAAGAACCUGUGUGAGACUUUCUUACAGGAGAGAAGUCAAAGAUCUUCAUCAGCGUCUGAAACAGUCUGCAGUCUGCACAGUGAGAAACUCAAACUCUUCUGUCUGGAUGAUCAACAGCCGGUGUGUUUGGUGUGUCAGACUUCAAGAAAACACACCAACCACAAAUUCUGCCCCAUUGAUGAGGCAGCAACAGACUGUAAGGAGGAGCUGAAAACUGCACUGAAGCCCCUACAGGAGAAGCUGAAGAUCUUUAAAGACUGUAAACUGAACUGGAGUCAGACUGCAGAACAUAUAAAGAUUCAGGCCCAACACACAGAGCGGCAGAUUAAAGAGGCAUUUGAGAAGCUUCACCAGUUUCUACGAGAUGAAGAGGCAGCCAGGAUCGCUGCACUGAGAGAGGAAGAGGAGCAGAAGAGUCAGAUGAUGAAGGAGAAGAUUGAGAAACUGAGCAGAGACAUAUCAUCUCUUUCAGACACAAUCAGAUCCAUAGAAGAGGAGAUGAGAGCUGAAGACGUCUUGUUCUUACAAAACUACAAGGCCACAGUUAAAAGAGCUCAGUGCACACUGCAGCAUCCAGAGGAGCUUUCAGGAGCACUGAUCCAUGUGGCAAAACAUCUGUCCAACCUGAAGUUCAGAGUCUGGGAGAAGAUGCAGCACGCUGUCCAAUACACGCCGGUAAUUCUGGACCUGAACACUGCUCAUCCUGGACUCAUUGUAUCUGAUGAUCUGACCAGUGUGAUACGCAAUUUUAUAUAUUUUGGGAAACAGAAAAUUCCUGAUAAUCCAGAGAGAUUUGAUGAUCGUUUGUGCAUCCUGGGCUCUGAGGGCUUUAACUCAGGGACACACUGCUGGGAUGUUGAAGUUGGAGACUGUACAGAAUGGUAUGUGGGUGUGAUGACAGAAUCUGCUCAGAGGAAGGGAAAUGUAUUCUCCAGAGGUGGAAUUUGGUAUGUGUGGUAUUAUGAUGGUGUAUAUAAAGCUGGUUAUACACCUAAAAGAUUCGGUUUCCUCUCACUAGAACAGAAGCUGAAGAGGAUCAGAGUGCAGCUGGACUGGGACAGAGGAGAGCUGUCAUUCUCCGACCCUCUCACUAACACACACAUACACACUUUCACACACACAUUUAUUAAUAAAUUACUGCCAUUCCUUGGUGUUUUUGAUACAGACUCUCCUCUAAAGAUCCUCCCACUUCAGUGCUCUGUAAGAGUGAAUCAGAUCAGUUAGAGCUGAUAUUAUUUAUUCCAGUUCAUUAAUGAAAUAUUGCUGAUGAAAAGAUUUAUGUUCUUUGUGAACAUUUUUACAGGAAGCCCUGAAAAAGUGAUAUGCCAUUUUUUUUACUUAAUUGGUAAUAGUCAUAGAAUAUUUUGAAAUUAAUUAUUAACUCAAAAUAUUAUAAUAAUAGUGGCCCCAAAAAAGUGUUUGGACACUUACAAAUGUAUGAAUUUCAAUGCAUUAAAAAAAAAAACAUGUCAGACCAAUUGGCAUUUAUUUUAAAGAAAGAUAAAGUCUUCCUGAAUCUGACUGCAUAUUGUCUGUUUUCAUUCAUAAAUGCUACAUCUUUGAACUGUUUUACACAUUUUGUUGAUCUGGUGAAAGAGUAAAAACUUACCUCCCUC